CUGGUCUAAUUUGUAUAUGCCAUUGAACCGGAAGAGGCCCAACAAGACAGCAACACCAACAGUCUUGUCUCUCUGCCUUUCGAUCCUAAUCCAAACCGAACAAAUAAAAAAAAAGAACACAAAAGACAAUGGAGGAGACGACAUGGGAACAGAGACUACAAGCCGUAACUCACAUCCUCACAAACCCAACAACGAAACCAUCUCUCCACUCUCAAUUCCUCAUCGGUACACUAAUCCCAUGCUACCUCUCGUGGGAUUACCCUCCGAUCCUCUGCCACUCUCCUGGAGCGCAUCUCCGUCAGUGGUGGAUUUCUCAAUUCCUCAAAAGGGCAUCGAGAUUCGGGCUCCCUGAUACCUCGUGGAGGUCGAAUUGCCCGUAUUACCAGCCGUUGCCGGCGGUUAUGGCCGCCGGAGUGGAGGAAGGGAAAUGGGGAAGAGAGGAGAGGAGAGUGUAUGUGAGGAAGAGGCUGAGGAGGAAGAAGUUGGUGAGCGAAGUGAAUCCUUUGAUUCCUCUUUUGGUUCCGAAUCUGCUUCUGUUUACUCUCUUGUUGUGGGAUCCUAUUCCCGAGUAGUUGGAUUUUAGUCUUUGUCUCUGAUAAUCUGUAAGAGAAAGCAAAGAUGUGUUUUUGUAUUGAAGAAAAUGAAUGGAUUCAGACAAAAACUCAAUUACACUACUAUGAUCGUCUGUCGUCCGAUCGAAC